UUAAAAUUUGAGGUUAUGAGUACUAAGCAACUGUAAUCGUGAAAAAAUUGUUUAAAACGCUUAUAAUUAUGGAAGGAGGAACAGGACCGUUUAGAAUAAUUUGUUCUAACUACCCAGAAGAAUUUAUGGAGAAUAAGAAACUGGCAAAGCAGUAUUUCAUGCAGUACGGUGAAAUAAAAAAGCUUAUAUUUAGAAAAGUAUCGAAAGUCAUCAUUGUGGAGUACGAGAAGUAUUUUAAUAUGUUGAAUGCUUUGAGUAAUGCUGGCGAAUACAAUGGGAAAAAGUUUAAAGUGUCGGUAGAAAAAAAAGUGAGCCCUACAAAGAAAAAACGGGUUCAUAAAGAGGUUGAUCCUGAUUGGGUGGAUGAUCCCGCUGUUAGAGAAGAAUUGGAGGCUAUGGGUGGUUUAUCGACAAUAAAGGAUUAUAAUUUAAGGCCUAAAGGAAUGGAUGUGGAUAGUCCCAGAGUGGAAGAUAAAAAUAAAUUAAUGCCGAAAUUAAAAAGGUCCUGGAAGGUAGCAGAAAAUGUUCCAGGAAAAAUAUUGGCGCCCAAAAAAAAAGUUGUAGCCAAAAAACCGAGCUUCUCCAAUGAACAAUUAGAUCUUAUUAACAUUGUAAAACAGCAGAAUACAACGGUUGAAGAAAAAUAUAGAUGUCUUGAUGCUAGAGAUAAAUUGGUUAGGAUUUUGUUGAAGAAAAAAGUCAGUAAAACUUCUUCUGCAACUGUUGGAACAUGCCCUGACAUGUGUCCAGAAAAAGAACGAUUAAUGAGGGAGACCCAGCACCAGGUCGCCCUCUACGAGCAAGAAGAAAACGGGCGAGGCAUGAACCCCAACCUCGCCGUCAAGCAGUACUCCAGAAGCUCUGCUGACCAAGAAACCCCGCUACCCUACGAGCUCCGUCCCGUGGCCGUCCUGCAAAUGACCAUGGGCUAUUUACUGCACAAGAUUGUCGAUAUGUGCGAUACGUCCGACGUCAACGUGGGCGAGUGGUUUCAUUUUCUAUGGGACAGAACCCGCGGCAUACGUAAGGAUAUCACCCAGCAAGAGUUGUGCUGCCACGGGUCGGUUGAGUUGGUAGAGCAGUGUGCUAGGUUUCACAUACACUGCUCUGCUAGGUUGGUGGGCGAGGAACCGUCGGUUUUUGACCAGAAGAUCAACACCGAGAAUUUAACAAAGUGCUUGCAGACUUUGAAGUACAUGUACCACGAUUUGCAGCUAAAAGGGGUCAACUGUUCUGAUGAGGCGGAAUUCAGAGCGUACAUUAUCCUACUGAACCUCAACGACGGUAACUUUAUGUGGGAGGUGCAGCAGUUAAAGGCGGACAUACAAAAAUCGCCGGAGAUAAAAUUCGCGCUCGAGGUGCAUUCGGCGUUGGACAAAAACAACUUCGUGAAGUUCUUCAAGUUGCUCUACUCGACGACCUACUUGAACGCGUGCGUUUUGAUGCGGUACUUCGUGCAGGUGCGCGUCAAGGCCAUACAAACUCUGUUGCGUUGCUAUUCGCGGCGGAACUUCAGCACCGCGUACCCCCUUCGCGAUCUCGUGCGGAUGUUGGCGUUCGACGACGCUGAGUCGGCUCUGGAUUUCUUCGGGACCUACGGCUUGGUCGCGGAGAACCAGCUCGACUUGAGUUUGAACCAGAGCCACUUCCAAACCCCCGAACUGCCGUACAUCUUGGACAGAUCCACUAUAGUGGAGAGUAAAAGGAACACGUCCGUGGGGGAGGUCAUAUGCGGCAAACCUCUGCCCGGUAAAUUGUUCGAGCACCAUCAACCAUCGAAUAGUUUCGAUGGCAGAGGUUACUUAACCUUCAACGAGUACCUAUCUGAAUCCGAUUUGAAGGUGACCAAUGAAGAGGCGGUUUUCCAAAGGAAAACCGAGUCCCCCAAACCACCCAAAGCAACCACCGCCAAUAUCUUCGCGCCUAAACCUGACACCGUCAACAUUUUCGCAACCAAACCGGACGAUGUCAGCAUAUUCGCGAAAUCGAUAUUUCCACCGCCCAUACCCGAGGAAAAACCCGCCUUCUUCAAACAACCGCAAAUUUUCGGGGACACCAAAUCAAUUUUCGGGGGUUCCGCCCCCCCAAUUUUCGGGAAAAUACCCGCCAUGCCCAAAGCUGCCGGUAUUUUCGGCGGCGACCGACUGACAAACCCCGAGCAGAAAAAAGGAGGAUUUUCCUUCGAUAUCACCAAACCCCCGCCGAAUAUUUUUGCAACUCCAAAAGCCCUGCCGCAAAUUAGAAUGCCUCUAUCGCCCGACGAGGACGCCGAAAAAAUGAAGCAGCUCGAACAGCAACGAUUACUAAAGGAAACCCUGGAAAGGGAGGAGGAGUUGAUACGUGAAAAAAUACGGAAGGAAGAGGAGCAAAUACGAAAGCUGGAGGAAAAACGCAGAACCGAGGAGGAGAUGCGAGUCAAACAACUCGAAAUGGAGAAACUGAAGAAGCAAGAGGAAGAACGGAAACUGGAGGAAAUGCGACGUCGCGAAGAACACGAGAAACGCAAAAAAGAGGCACUCGACAGAAAACAAGAAGAAGAGCGAAGACUGAAACGCAUAAAAGAAGAAACCAUCAAAAAGAAGAACGCCGAAAUACAAAAAACAGUUCAAGACGUGGUUAAUUUCCUCGUUUCCUCCACCGAAGAAACCCACAAGUCGGCGACGUUAAAGCAGAUAAAGUCGAAAAUCCAGAACCGACUGGUACUCAAAAUGUUCGGACAGUGGAGAAACACCAUCGUCAAGAACAAGCGGAAGCGGAAAGCUGUGGAUUAUAGUCCCAUAUGGGUGAACACCAAAUCCAUCCCGGAGGAAGCCAAGGAGCUUCAUACCAGCACGCAGGAUUUGACUUUGAAGUACAUGAAGAGGUACAAGAAGGGUGUGCCGUACGAUAUAAACGCUCUAGCGGAGAAACAAAUAGAGAAAAUCAAUCUGGUAACGCUGACUUACGGUUCUCUAUCGAAAAGGUUUCACGAGUUGGGUUUGGGAUUACAGAAGAACAUAUUCUGGAAGGUGUCGAUAUCUCUGCCCAGCAAAGACGAAUUGGAGACCGGUCUGACACGAAUCGAAGAGACCCUGGAUAAAUUCUUGCAAUGGAAAGACAAAAGCGGCACAAAAAUACUCAUAGAGCAAUCCAAGGCUUACAGACAAAGCGUCACUUACUGUCUAGAGCGCCAACAAGGCUUCAACACCGCCAAAAAUAACUCCAACGGCAUCAUAUUCGUAGCUGAUGAUUUCAACCCACACCUUCAACAACGACUCGUGGAACUACUCAAAGGUUACGGUGUGUUCACCAAAAUCCCCAUCGUUAUAUUAUUGCAAAAUUACGACGAGAAAAGCAACGACAAACUGAAGGCUCUAACCGCGGAAAAAAUCGUUUCCGAUUACAACAUUUUGGUGGACAACUUCACCCCCCAAAAUCUCAUGGGUUUGCUGGAGGAAGGUCUGAUUUUUUUGGCGAGCAAGCAAGAAAAACCCCCGCCUUUGGAGAUGACCACCUUCAAGUCCUUCAUGACGAAGCAUCUAUGUACUGAGGUGUGGAGGAAAGCCAACAGUUUUGCCAAAUGGAAUAGCAACUACGAAAGUUGCCUCAAAAACCCCAAAACCGUUAUUUCUUUGUACAAUGAAGGGUUGAGUCGCUUGAAGCAAAUCAUUUUGAAUAAGUCCUGUCUGGAGUUCGCUACAUUCCCGGAUGAAUUCGUGGAGUAUUUGGAUGACAAACACCCAGAUUACCUCCCUUGUGGGUACCGGUAUAUCCCGAAGUUCUGCCGCGAUAAAAAAUAUUUAAACAAGUUGUCAAACAUUCUAGACGACCUAAAAUUACCAAAGUUCCUGUAUAGCUGGCCACCAAAAGACGAGGCCAAAUUGGAGCUGGCAAUGAUGGAAUACUGUGAGAACUUAUUCACGAACGAUCCAACCAAAGCGUUCUACAAAAUUAUGGGCGUACUGCUUCAAGACAUCGACCCUGUGGAAGACUUCCACAGAAUAGGAAACACCAUGUGGACCAACGUAAUAGAGUUAAUCAGUUUGGAGUUGCUGGACCAAACGGACUUGUCCUUGCAACAUACAGAAUACAAAGACAAAUCGAUUUUUGAUGAAUACAUGGUCGUGUACGACGUAAACACGCUGAAUGACUACACGAACAACGACUGGUAUUACAUAAAUAAUCUUGAAAUACGCGGGGAAAUCACGCGGCAACUCAACAAACAAAAAAAUGAGGUUGCACCCAAGCGAAAACGGUCUUUGGACUUGAAUUUGAGCGGAAAUUUGGACGAAACCCUCAAGGAAACCGACGUUAAGUUUUGCUGUGAUAAAAAUGUUUCAAAAAUGAAGCAGGAUUUGGAGGAAUUCAAUGCCAUGAUGAAAGACUUGGAGGACAGCAUUAAUACACACAAAAGGAUAUCCUCCACGUUUGAAAGCACUUUGAAAAAUAUUAUUGAUGAUAAGUAGUGGUUUUAGCUUUUUUAAAUAAAUUUAUACGUUUUAAAACGUGUUUUAUUUAGUGUUAGGGUGAAUAAAAGGGUUUAUAUUGUAGAUCAUUUAUUUGACAGGCUUGUUUCUAUCAUAACAAAAAAUUAUUACAUUGGGUAAUAAAGUAAAAAAUAAUAGUACUAUUAUUAGAAGUGGCGGCUAAAAUCUGCUGACUAUUCCAUAAAACUAAUAAUUUAUUCCUAGUGGAUUCCAUUUAAACAUCUGCAACCACAAAUAAAAUCACAAUGUGAAAAACAAAUAACUUAAUCGAACUUACUGUAUCUAAUCUUGCACUGUUGAAUUGCCUCGUUAAAUCCCUGGCACAACGUCAGAUCCGAUUGUGUGGAUGCACACUGCAAGAACUGCUUGAUCUCCCAUGCGCAAGGCCCCGUAGGUUCGGCAGAUUGCCCCGCGUACUGCUGCGCUUGUGGGGCUGUAGCCUGCUGCUGUGGGGCUGGAGCUGCCUCGCUUGAGCCCCCACCGCUGAACAUCCCCGUCACGGCGGCCCCCAUUGUGUGCCCGAUGGCCGAACCGACGGCAACACCGCCUGCAGUGGCCGCCAUUUGUCCGAACAGCCCUGGGCCCUGAGAUGGGGCUGGAGCAGGGGCUGCCUGCACGGGGGCUGGAGCCGGGGCCGGGGCGGUCCUAGCAGGCAAAUUCGAGGACCUAAACAUACCAACUGUUAGUUUUCCAUCGAUUAUUACAUGUUUCGCGAGUCGACAUAACCUCACUUAUCGUUACCUUGAUGGUGAAGGAGAAGAAGCACGUCCACGUCUCGGCAUUUUAUUAUUAUUAUAUAUCACAAAUAUUAACAACAAAUAUCACAACUUUUUAAUGCUUUCUCUUAAACUUUUCAGGUACUAUUACGUAAAAAUAGAUCCCGUCUACGUUUUAUAGCUGUCAGACAGUUUCUAGAAAUUUUGGGUUAAUCUGCGAACGUCUGCGCAGUA